AAUUAUUAAUUUUAACAUAUUAGGAUCAAACUGCAUGAAGGGGCUCAGCCAGGCUUCUUCUGUUUGCGCAACCUUGGGAGCACAAAUAUUUGCACACACAUUCUGCCACAUGCACAUGGAGGUGAUAGGAAUUUUAGUGCAUGAACCUCAUUUUUUCCAAAUAUGUAAAAUUUUAUCACAUAUACUCAUAGAUGGUUGACCUGGAAAAGUGUACAUGCGAAGUUGUGCACAGAAAAAUGCAAAGCAUAUUUUAAAAGUUUGGUGCUUAGAAUCCAAAAGAUUCCUCUUUCAGGUCUGGUAAAAAAACCAAAACACUUGUACCUUUUUCACUUAUGCAGCUGUGUAACAUCUUUUUGGUCAGGAAGUGUGGUGAGACACAAACACUUUUAGUCCAUCCUCUCCUUUAGAAGUGGCAUGAAUGCAAAAUUUACAAUUUCCUUUUUCCUAGUACAAAUUCCAUGCUGACUUUUAAUUAGAUGCACCUUUUCAGUGAGAACUUGAAAUUCCUUUUCAUUAAAAUUCUCUGUCUUGGAUACAGGAUCUUGAUCCAAUUUUCAGAACUGUUACCUAUUAACUUAAUCUUUGUUGAUAAUAAAAGUCCACUUCAGAUAAUGUCUUUGAAUGCAGUGCCUUGGGAAAUGAAAAAACUCUUUUUUUCCCACAGACUAAACAACUUGACCCAGUAAAAUAGUCUAUAUAUAAACAGUGGUUUAUAGAACAGAAUACCUUCAACUCAGAGGGACCUAUAUAAAAAAAAAAACCUCAUGUGAGCUGAGAUGCUCCAGUCUCAAUAGAGUAAACUAAGACAAAAUUACUCAACUCCUAAUCCAAAAAUAAUAAGUAUAGAUUUAAAUUGAAGGAACGGGAAUAGAAAAGUACUGAAACUAUUAUUCCCAUCAGUGCUGAAGUCACUGAUUGUGAAAGAAAAAUUUGCACAAAAGCAUUGCAUCAGUCGUUGCACCAAGGACAGCUGACCAAGCAAAAGAAAAGAGACCUACUGCUGAAUUGCAGCAUACAGAGAAGAUACUUCAAGAAUAAACAGUAACUUCUGUAUCCGUUUUCUAGCACAAAAAUAAAUGUGGCAGAGGUUUGAAUAUAAAGGAUGGUAUAGUGCAGAGUAGCUGUGCAGUGGGAAUAUUGAACAAUCCUACUCAUUCCAAAAGCAAUGAAUUUGUAGAGUGAGUGCAACGGUUACUUGAAGUUUAUGGGACUGAGAGAGUUAAGGAACAUUUGGAAAUUUGUUAGCGUGAAGCUUUGACUAAGUAGGACAGAUCAAAGUGUUUGCCAACGAUUUCUAGCUCCUGUUGCCAUGUUGCAGAUGAGAAGACUCCAUGGAUCCUAAUACAUGAGACCAAUACAAAACACUGGCACCGAAGCUGUAAGCCUCAGUAAGAAAGAUAAAAAACCAAAUACUAAGCAGAUUUGGCAAGUAUGGAUCUUCUACAUGGUCAUAAGUGCAAAUCACUCUGAAGAAAAAGCCACGACACAGGUGUGUCCUUCAUGUGAUGCCACUCAUUUCUGUGACUGUUCUUCAAUGAAUUUGAGCACCAUUCCUUCAGGUUUAACAACUGAUGUCAUGGGGCUAAAUCUGUCCUACAGCAGCAUAGAACAUGUCAGAGAAACUGAUCUGAAGCUGGGUGUGAAUCUGAGAGUGCUGCUGCUGCAAUUCAAUCAAGUUAGGACAAUAGAUAAGGAUUCAUUUAUUUUCCUUGGAAAAUUGGAACAUUUGGAUUUAUCAAAUAAUAAGUUGACUCACUUGUCACUCAUUUGGUUUAGACAUCUUUUUUCCUUACAGCAACUAAACAUACAGGGUAAUUUAUAUACAACACUGGGGGAGAAUCCCUUGUUUUCUAAUCUCAAAAAUUUGAGAUAUCUGCACCUGGGGAAUAACAAUUUCUUCUCUGCUAUACAGAAGCACGACUUUGAUGGCAUUACUGUUCUUGAGAAACUUGAGAUUGACGGUCAAAAGCUCAGGCAAUACGAGUCAGGGAGUUUGGCAACAGUUAACAGCAUAAAUCAUAUCAUCAUAAACAUAAAUGAUGUUCAGGUGUUAUCAGUGAUGUUGGAGGAUCUUACAAAUUCUGCAAUAUGUAUAGAACUGAGAAAUAUAGCCUUCAAUACAGCUAAUGAAUCUUCAUUACUGGAGCCACUGAGUCGUUCUGUCAUGGAGAAACUUGUGUUAAAAAAUGUUUUGUUUACAGAUGAAAGUAUUAUCAGAGUGUUAAACAUCUUGGUGCAUGCUAAACAAUUUUUGGAGCUGGAAGUGGACGAUUCUGUACUACGGGGAACUGGAAAAUGGCAUGGGAAAAUUGAAUUAAACAGAGAAAGCACCAUUGAAGUAAUCACAGUAAAGAAAUUAGCUAUAGAACAAUUUUAUUUGUUUUCAGAUCUUCAUGGUGUGGAAAAUCUUCUAGGUAACAUUAUCAAAACAACAGUUAUAAAUACCAAUGUGUUCUUGGUGCCUUGCAGCAUUUCAAGACAUUUUUCCUCACUCCUUUAUCUUGAUCUCAGUGAAAAUUUGCUUGCAGAUCCAAAUUUGGAACAUUCAUCCUGUAAGGGUGCAUGGCCCUUGCUGCAAACUUUCAAUUUAAGUCAAAAUACAUUGGGUGAUAUACAAAUGACGGGGCGAAGUCUAUCUCAUCUAAAACACCUUACUCACCUAGAUAUUAGCCGAAACAAUUUUGGUGAGAUUCCAGAAUCAUGUCAAUGGCCAGAAAACCUGAAAUAUUUAAAUAUCUCAGGCACUCGAAUAACCAAAUUAACAACGUGCAUUCCUCAAACUCUUGAAGUUUUGGAUGUUAGUAGUAAUAUCCUCAAUGAUUUUAGAUUAAAGCUACCACGUCUCAAAGAGCUCUACAUUGCAAAAAACAAAUUAAAGACCUUGCCAGAUGUUCCAUUUAUUCCUAACUUAGUAGCCCUGAGAAUCAGCAGAAACAAGUUAACCAGUUUCUCUAAGGAAGAAUUUGGAUCAUUUAGGAAAAUGGAGACACUGGAUGCAGGUGACAAUAAUUUCAUCUGCUCUUGUGAAUUUCUCUCUUUCAUUCAAUAUCAGGAGGGAAUAGCUAACGUCUUGGUUAACUGGCCAGAGAACUACAUCUGUGACUCUCCGUCUUCUGUGAGAGGGCAGCAGGUAAAUGCUGCUCGGCUUUCGCUGUUUGAAUGUCACAGAACUUUGGCUGUGUCCUUAAUUUGCAUUCUGGUGGUCUUGGUAAUCUUGUCUAUUGUGAUCCUGGGCUACAAACUUCAUGUGAUCUGGUACAUGAAAAUGACCUGGGCUUGGCUUCAAGCUAAAAGGAAACCCAGGAAAUCACACAAUCAUGACUUCUGCUAUGAUGCUUUUGUUUCCUACAGUGAAAGAGACUCAGAAUGGGUUGAAAACUUAAUGGUACAGGAACUUGAGAAUGCUAUCCCCCCAUUUAAACUGUGCCUUCAUAAACGGGACUUUGUGCCUGGGAAGUGGAUCGUUGACAACAUCAUUGACUCCAUUGAAAAAAGUCAUAAAACUCUGUUUGUGCUGUCAGAGCACUUUGUGCAGAGCGAGUGGUGCAAGUAUGAGCUGGAGUUCUCACACUUCCGUCUCUUUGAUGAGCAUAAUGAUGCAGCAAUUUUGAUCCUUUUGGAGCCCAUUCAGGAGCAAACAAUUCCCAAAAGAUUCUGUAAACUGAGGAAAAUAAUGAACACAAAGACCUACCUUGAAUGGCCUCUUGAUGAAAAUCAGCAGCAAAUAUUUUGGAAUAACUUGAAAACAGCAUUAAAAUCCUAUGAUGUCAUUUUAGGCUGAACCACUAACUCAGCCACACUACAUUUCCAAGCAGGACAUUUGUGAAUCCUUUUUCCUGUUAAGAAACAUUUUGUUAUGCUGACUUUUAUUUCAGUGUUGUGGAGGCUUGACUUGACUGCAAACUAAACUAAUUUUAGCUUUGCUAAAUGAAGGAUACCAGCUGAGAACAUUCAACUGUUUUAGAGAUUCUUUGGUUUUCUGACCUUUCUGUUAAUAAGUACCCAAGCAUCCCUGUCUGUGAAAAUGCUUUUUGGAAGAAAUUCUACUGAAGCUGGUGUGCUUCUGUAGUUUCUUUUUAACCACCAAAACAAAUGCAGUUACAGUGCUCUCUCUCUUUCUCUCUCGUAAAAAAGAGAGCCAACAUGCUGAAACAUACCACAGGAUCCAUUGAUUACAUCAUCUUUUUUGUUUUAGAUACCAUCAGACUAUUUAGAGUCAUUCAAGAAAAAUGCAGUGGAAAAGUAGAAAUUUCCCAGUUAGAUAAAAAUAAGAUCUCUGAAGCCAGAUCCUCCCACAGGUAAUACCUUUCAAAGAGAAUAGAUUAAAUAUGUAACUCCAGGGGAAUCAGUGGAUUUACACCAGGAUUGUUUGUGGCCCAGCAAUUUAAGAAUGAAGCAACUUGACAAAUAUGUCAGAUACUUGAUGUGAAAACUUUGAGAUGUGUCCAGUCUCAAAGGUCACAGGAUCACUAUGUGUACAUUUUAAUGGUCUAUGUACUUUAUUAUUUCUAUGUGUUUAUUAUUUGUUAUUACAAGCACUGUAAAAACACUGAAGUCACAGUCCCUGUCCCUAGUAGCUUACCCUAAAAUAUUCAAACAACAGACAAAAUGCUUGUGGAUGUUGUUAAGUACCCAUCUUUGUUAGGUUUCCUCUCCCUCUUCCCAUGUGCCCCAGCCAACCUGUUCCACUGUUGCUGCCCCAUUGUUACCCUUCUUUCCUUCUACCUACCCCACUAAGGUAUAGGUAUAGUAGAUUUAUGUUUUUUUACAGUGGGAUUUUUUGCACGGAUGUAACCACACCUAUGUAGUGGCACCAGUGCAAACCUCAUGGGUAGACACCACAUUGUUGUAAAAAGUGAGUUUCACCCACUGUAGUUUAUUUUGCAUAACUGAGGCACCUCAAAUUAGUAAACAUUAUUGCAAAGAUUGGCCAUAAUCUUUCUGUGCCUUAGUUCCCCAUUUGUAAAAUGGGGACAAUAGUACCAUCUCCCAGAGAAGUUGAAGAUAAAUUCAUUAAUGUUUGUAAGGCACCGAAUACCUUGAUGACAAGCACCAUGGAAAAUCCUAUGAGGAAAUGAAUAUUUUUGUAUUCAGUGCAGGGAUUAAAUGGUGUACAAUAAAUUAGGCACGAGGCCUCACCUUGACUUAUGAGGUAGAAAAGAAUUAUUGAAGAGUUGCUGAUUUGACGAGCAACCUUUACUCACUCAUCUCCUAACUUUUAAGUGCUUGACUUCAGAACUUUAAUAAUAUGCUGUUAAUGUAGUAUUUUAUGCAAUUUAUAAAUAUAUUAAAAUAUA